CAGAGGUAUUUGGUUAUAGGGAGAGACUAACUCUUGGGCGUUGUUUUUUACAGACUUAUGUGGGGCAUACUCCUCUGCAGGUAGCAACAAAUGCUUUGUCUAAAGGAAUAUCACCUUUUGCAGCGGGCAAAAAUAUGUCUACAGCUAUUUUGGUGAUUAAAAUAGUAUCUCUUCACUGAGUCUUCAAACAACUAUUCUUGAAAAUCAACAUAAACUUUGUAGGCCUAUUUGUGAUAGGCAUUGUAUUUGUUUAUGCUCAUCAACGAACAGGACUUCUACAAGAACAAUCAAUCAUCAAUGCUGCAAAAUUUCCACUCCCUUGAGCUUCCGUAAAGUGUGACAAAGCCGUACAAGAUAAAAGAAUCACGGCUUUGGUCGUACAUGAAGAGCGAAUAAUUCCUUUUAAAAGACAAAGUCUGAAGUUAUGGCAUUUCAAAACUUAUCCGAUGUCUCAAAGUCGGGUUGGGACUGGAUGUCGACACCAUCGGUCAAUAUCAGCCGUCAUGCGAUAAACGACACAAUCAAGGGAACGAUCUCGACAUUGAAUGAAUCAAUGGCAUUGGAUCUCGACACCACCCCGACAUCGGCAAUGGAUCACAUCACCGCGGAGGAGAGUUUGCCAGCGGUGAUAGACAAGGCGAUAUCGAUGGUGUUCGGAACGAACAACGACACGGCCCUGGUCAUAAUACCGAGUACCAACCCGAUGGCGGUGUCAAUGGAAGAGCUCUCCCGUGUUCGUAUAAUAACGGCCAUCAUGAUGACCGUCGCAUUUGCGAUGAUCAACUUGGCCAUGGGUGCGGCUAUCGGCAAGGUUGAAUUGAUGCGCCAAUGGCGAGUACCUGGCGCAGUGUUAGUUGGAUCCAUCAUACAGUUCUUGGUGUUCCCUCUGGUUGCCUUAGCGAUCGUCAGAAUGUUCAAGCUCCCGACACCUUACGUCACUGGUAUGUUGCUCGUCGCCAUCUGCCCUGGGGGAGCUAUGGCCAAUCUCGUCACGUUCUUCAUUGACGGUAGCAUCUCUGUUUGCACGAGCAUGGUGCUUAUCUCGACGGUGGUAUCAAUGGGGUACGUCCCCGUCAUGCUCCUAAUCAUCUCCGGUGGUAUCGCUUCAGCUUCUGUCGCGGUCUCCAUGUGGGCCGUCGUAGUAGCCAUCUUCAUCAUAACCGUACCUCUUGGGCUCGGCGUCAUCAUCCGCUCGUACAAGGAGAGCUGGGCUCAUGUCAUCACUAUGAUUGGUAUCACCGUUGGUCUCUUGGUCUACAUAGCCAACUCCCUGGUCCAACUCUUCAUCCAUACGCAGAUCUUCCACGCCCCUUUCAGGGUGUACAUCGCCACCGCACUCGUCGUCAUCUGUGGGUUCAUCAUCGCUAUGUUCGUCGCAUACCUCUUCGGACAGCAUCCCACAUCCCGCCACACACUCGCCGUACAUACCGUCUUCCACAACACCUCACUGACAAUCGUCAUCCUCUGCACCGUAUUUUUCGAUGACCCCCAUUGGCGUCAACUCGUCGUCAUCCCGACGAUCUACGGGCCGAUCAGUAGCUUGUUCGGCAUCAUCUACAUCAUCGUAUACCUUACGGUAGGCAUCAACAGCGAGGAGGGCAACCAUCAUGAGGCUUACCAACCCAUCAACGAGGAACCAGGUAACGUCGAGUACAAGGCCCUCGAAGGCGACGAUGACGAUAUGAAGGUCAAAAUCAAGAUGGCUGGAUUCCGACUGAAAGUGAAAGGGUACGAGGAGAUGGACGGAACUGUUUCCCCGUUGCCUAUGACUGGGUAUUGAUUAUCUCCUGGGUCCAGGGUAUGUUGCCCCAUACGUUUUCAACGUCAUCUAAGCCUAUUGAUAUUGAAGUAGUCACCCGAAGAAUCAAAGUGUUUUGAAUUGAUGCAAAAUUCAUAUCAUUGCGAAGGGAAGCCUUACUGAUCAAAUAUAACAACUCCCCUCUUCAAAAUAUGUUUGGGGCCCGCAGUAAUCAUUUCUCAAAAUUUUUAAUUUUGAGAUCCAGAUUUUCUGCCUUCAGGGGUCUUCCGUAGAGUGUCAAGAUUCGUGACGUCACAUGCGAGACACAUCUAGCCACAAAAUUGCAUUUUACGCCUUUCCAUGACAUCUAUAUAAUUUUCCAGCAAAUUAUUCGUGUUUUUCCAGAGAAAAUCUUUCCAUAAUAUUAUCAGUUGUCCUGAAUUUUAUUCGGGUAACUACGGCAUUGGUUUCGUAUACCCGAUGAUUCUAUCAAGUUGCUAGCCAUAACAGAGCUUAGAUCAGACCAAAUAAAAAGGAAAAUGACAGCUCCUAUAAUAAUUAUGUAAGCGUUUGAUUUAUUUUAAAAUUCGUUGCAAGGUAUGGGUCAGCAAACACGGCACAUAACCUUGGACUUGCCCACAACAUGGAAGUACAGCUAUAAACAUGAAAUUUCGUAGAUAUUAAAGAUAAAGUGAAAUGAAAUCCAAUUUAAAAUUAAUUUUAAAAAAGGAAAAGAAAAAUAGGAGGCGAAAACCUGAAAGCGAAAGCUAUGUUGGAAACGCCAAAAAUCAAAUCAAAAAUAAGUUACUAUUUGAAAAUCAAUAUUGUGAAUAUAUUAAUUAGCAUCGAAGUAUAGAAGUUUGUAAUUUUUUUUACAAUGUAUCAAUUUGUGUAAUUUAUGUGUAAUUCAGUUGUGAAACUGCCAUUCAUGAAAGAUGCAAUAUAUCAUUUAUCUAUUUAUCUUUCUAUCUUGGAGUAGAAACGAAGAUAGAAAAUUUAGAAUGUAAUAUGUACCGGAAGAUAAGUUAAUAUGAUAGGGUAAAUUAGUUACCUUUUUUCAGUAUUGUUGAACCUAUUUAUGUAAAUAGGCGUGUAAUACAUUAUCUACACGUGUUCACUUUUUUAAAGUUAAAAGUGACCAUGCAGAGCCAGUUGCUUCUGAUUUUCGUACUAUUAUAACGAAGAAGGGUAUUAAUUUUGACUGAUUAUACAUUAAGCAAUUUGAACAUAGGUGGUUUGCUUUGUAUAUUGGUAUCUAUGCUCAAUGUGUAAUCUUCGAAGGAGCUUUGUAUUAUGUUACUUCAUAUUAUGACUACGAUAAACAUGGGCAGGCUUUAACGUUCUACCAAAAACAUGUCUCUACGAAAUAAUAUUAUAUGCCUCUACAUUGUAGAUAACAUAGAAUUACGAGUGAUGUGAAUCCCGGAUGUGAAUAGCUCCCAACCGAAUUUGAUAGAAAGUAUGAUAAAUGAUUGUUAUAGCCGAGUAAUGGGCCCAGGAAGGUGAGCUAAUUGGAAACAGUAGUAAAGUUAUGUAACUGGUGGUUUGAUGUUCAUCAAGUCUAAUUUUACUUUUAGAAUCAUCACUUAUCAUAGAUGACCAAUACAGAAACAAUUCGGCGUAAAAAAAAGAAGUAAUAAACCGAUAUGAUGUAACGGAA